UUAUAGAAUGACCAGUGUACGUACGUGGGUGUUCUGGGCAAGUGCUUCUCCCCUUUUCACUGAAUUCAGUCUUCCGUUCUGAUCGUGGGCCCGUGUGACUUUUUACUCUUUACAGCCAGUCCAACAGUUGCUGAAUGUAGAGGUACCUGAUCCGAGCUGACACGUAGCACAUCGUGCUGUUUGAUUUUAGUUGUGCUGUUUGAACAAGAUGCUGCGCUGGAAAAUAUUGGCACAACUUGUUUGUGAUAAGUGAACUCAGUGAACUCAAGCUGCGAUGCCGAACCUCGGGUCCUGCCCGUCCUGUCACGAGCGUUUUUCCUUCAUGUCGGUCUUGAAGCGGCAACGGUGCAGUGACUGCAAGGCAACAUACUGCAGCAAGUGUGGUAGUGACCAGCUGAAUGUUCAUCGGUGCAUGUCCGCUGGCUCGACGCACAGUGUGAAAUGCUGUACACUAUGUACGCUAUAUAGAGCCGGCCCGGCAACUACUAAUCGAACUUACUUGCAAAGCCUGGCUGUACGCGACCUCAAGGAGUACUUAAAAUUUCUGGAGAUACCAACAGAACACUGUAUUGCCAAAACUGACCUUGUCGACCUUAUCACGAGCGCCCCGGAUGUGAAGAAAGGUUGUCGUCCCAAGCAGGCCAAUGGUGGCACGGAGCGGCCGUCGUCACAAGCAUCUUCAACAUCAAGCCAUGCCUCUAGUUCUCGGUCGCAAUCGACCGCGAAGCCACCGGAGGCGUACACCCGUGCAGAGGCGUCGUCCACGCGAACGCAGCGAUCUUCUUCCCAGACGACGCAGCAGCAAAGUUCAACACGAACACAGCCAUCUAGCACUGGAGCUCGGCCGUCCACAACAAGAGCCACUCCGUCGACUAGGACUGCUGCUGGGUAUACUAGCAACUGGUCAUCUACGUCUGCGGGUGAUGGAUCAACGGCACAUCGACCGCCGGCAGCAGCGGCAGAGACUGGGCCAUCCCGGAGUAGUGGCAACUCUGGCUCGAGGAGACGUCAGCCAUCAAACAGGACGUCGGCGGAUGCCACCGAGCAACGGUCUACUUCUCAGCGCAGCUCGCCGCCUGGAGAAGGUAGACGGCGGAGUGGUGUAGACGAUUCUCCGCCACUGCCAGCGUGGGGGGAAGCAACUCGCAGAGAGUCGGAUACGUCCAGGAGUGGCACGCAUUCAACUCCAUCUCUGUCCACAACCUCAUCAUCAACAUCAUCUUUGCGAGGCGGCGGACACCACCGUGCUGGCUAUGCUGAUGUGCACUCAAGUGCCAAUGCCCCUCCGCAGCCUCCGGGCUUUUCGGGUACUGCUGCGGCAGAUAGUCGGGCUAGUCGGGGUGGCGGAGUAGUCUUCACACCUCCACCUGAACCGCGGGACAAGUCCAUGCGAAAUCAGCGAGGGUAUCGAGUAGAUCUGUGCACCAUACAUGCUGACGAUAUCGCCCUCUUGACAGUCAUGCAGUUGAAGGAAACGCUGGCUGUGAACUUUGUUGACUUCCGUGGCUGCGUUGAGAAGAGGGAGCUGGUGGAGCUUGUGAUGCGCCUAUGGCUUGAGAAGCACCCUCUGCCAGGCCAAGCGACGGACGACAGUGAAACAGGCACCUUUAUGAAAAGUUCUUCUCCUGUUGAUGGUAGUGACAGUGAAUGUCGCAUCUGCAUGGAUGAGAGCAUCAACUGUGUCCUUCUCGAAUGUGGCCACAUGUGUUGCUGCGUCAAGUGCGGUCGCCAGCUCGCCGAGUGUCCCAUAUGCCGGCGCUAUGUUUCCCGUGUAGUGCAUGUGUUCAAAACGUAGCAUCUCUGCUGCUGCAUUCUUAUCCCAGGCCCUUGAAUCCACUCUGAGUUGUUCAGUACCUUUUGGAUUGGUUCCUAUUUUUAUUUUUCUUCCCGGGUUUGCCAACUUCAUUUCUUUUAUCUUUCUUCCAUGGAUAGCUACAGGUAGUCUACAGGUAGUGUACUUUAACCCAACGUGCUAAACGUGCUAGCAUCGUUGCUCCCUGCUUUGGAUUAGCGUUUUAUUUCUUUGUCGUUCCUUUCCAAAAUGGCACUCCGGGCCAUACGUUCAGUUCUUGUUUGUGUUUUCCGUCGUUGAAAAGACCUCUCUGGUCCGUUUCCCCCUUCUAGAGAGGCAUGUUUGUAUAUUGAAUUAAUACUCUACUUAGUCCUAACCCAGCUUUUUGAACGCGUGCGAUGCCUGAAUAUUGGGCUGUUGUUAUUCAUGUAUUUAUAUCCUUGACUCCAGUUUAACGCUCGCUCUUUGUGUCGGUUUGAACCCAUGCGCGCUCUUAUUUUCACAGUUAUUCACAGUCCCACCGGCCACCGUGCUAUUCUCCACCCAUAGCUGUACGUGUCUAAUAACAUUCGACAUGCUUGCCAGAUACGGCUCUUUUUUUUAAAUACUCAAUGAAAUCCUUCUCUUCAAGUUCCUUUCUUCCCGCAGUUAUCAGGGAUGUUCACUCAACUCAAGCGUCUCUUAUCCGUGCACCUUCAUCUCGGCUUGCCGUACUAAAAAGAUCCUUGGAUUUCAGUUUUUUUCCCCAACCACGUACUCUUGCCAAUGCUAACUAGUGUACAUCUUUUCAAUACUGAUUGCAUUCUUUUUAUGCUCUACACGUGAAAUGUGUGCAGAAAUAAAACAUGAAAACCCCCGUCCCAAUGUUA